AUGUCGUUCGCGCAAGUACCGUCAUUACCGACAAAGCCGCUCCCUCUCGCCCUGUCCUCUUCGGACACGAAGCUGAAGUCGACCUCGCUCAACCAAAUGUCCUAUCUCGACGUCUAUCCAGAGCCACAGGCCGACGCCCGCUCCUCACGUACUUCCAUCAUCCUAUCUCCGCGUACCCUCUACGCUCAGUAUGCUGAUGUUCCAGCCUCAACCACGCGUGAAAAGGGUCCGGGAGGCCGGUACAGAAAGGAUCUUAAUGUUCUGACGGGAUAUGAUGCAACGCCAGAGACCGAGGCUGAAUUCGAUGCUCUGCCCAUCGCAGUGCGCAAAAAGUACUUUUCCACCCUCGAACGUUUAACCUUCGCUCAAAGUUCUUAUACCACUCCGCAAGCUGCGUCGCCCAUGCAAUAUUAUCCCCGACCAGACUAUUCCUCGCACCAUUCACGCCACUCUUCGCAGUCGUCCAGUAUGAUGAUGAUGGCCAUGGCGGGCGGUAGCGCUUCCCGUAUCCGGCCAUCGUCUCCAAAAUCUACGAGCAGUCGGCCCAACACAACCCUGGCUGAGCGACGUGGCAAGCGCCUCGCACAACUCCAGACUCGCCAGGUACCGUGCCUGCCGCGACAGCCCGCCAAUGUGCGACAGUCAACAGCCUCGCCCAUCACGAGCCAAGACUCAUCGUUGGCCGAAAAAAUGAAGGGUAAGCCCAUGAAGCAAGUCAAAAAGAGGCAUUUUGAAGCGCAUCCACGUCGUAGCGUCCGACUUGAUUCAUUGGGACGAGUAACCCAGAGAGCGAGUCCCGGGAAAAGUGAAAAGACCCUCUCCCCCCUCGAAUUUAAACCGCCUUCGCUUCGUCAGAUUGAUGUAAAGGACCAUUCCGCAACGGAAGACUACACGCGUGUUCUGAACCGUCAUCAGCGUAUAGGGACAACAAACAUCAUUUCCAAAGAGAUAUAUGACACCUUCCGCUGGAUAGACGACGAACCGGAGAUUGACGCCAGGUCCGCCCUUGACGAUUACCAUGCCAACUUGGAUGGUACAACACUGUCAACGCGGACGCAUAAUCGAAAACCAUCGUUUCGUCGACAAGUAUCAAUCAAUCGAACACCACUGGGAAAAAGAUAUACUCAGCCGCAGACCGCCCCUCUUGGUUACCCGUCACUGCGAUCAUAUCAUUCUCAACAAAAAAGCCAAACUUCUUCGCUAUCCCCAAAGAGCCCCCGGCAUCGAGUCCGCGCCUGCACAUCCGUGAAAAAUGACACUAUCUCCCUACGGCAGGAUUCGCCAAAUUACACCCAACCCCAAACCAACUAUCUACCAUCCAGAGUCGCUCGGAACAGACUGAGAUCAAACAGCUUAUUCAUCGACUCACUCUCAUCUCGGCCCUACGAAACCGUCCCAAAGCAGCAAACCACCACUGCCGACAAAUCUUUCCUCGUUGAUGAUUCCACGUCUCUCUCAGACGACGGUGCUUCCACAAAAGAUCCCGAAUCUCCGCUAACUCCGUGUGCUGAGAUUAGCCUACAGAGUCCCGAUAGCCGCAAACAGCCUACUAACAGCAUCAGUUCCAACACAGUAAGCCCGCCGAAAGUCUCACAAGACUUAUCGCACCCGGGCGCCAUAAGACCCAUGAUUGUGAAACAGAUAGACUCUCCCAAUCUCUCUUGCGGGAGUCGAGAGAUAACUCUAAGAAUGACUCUGACGCGGCCCGAUCUUCGAGUGGACGAAGCCAAAAUAUACGCCUGGCAAGAUGCUAAGCUGCCUCACCAUACCCGCGUCCUCUCUGAGGCGGCCGAAAAAUAUUUUGCUCGAGGCUCUUGUGGCGGCCCUCUUGGUGGGCCGGAUGGAUGGGGUCCAGAUGACAAAGACGCCAGUGUUGUAAAGAGAUUUUGGAAUAAGGUCACUCAAAAUCGGAAAGUCUCCCUGGCCUGA